CACCACUAUGGAAGGUCCAGCAUCAACAUCGUCCGGAACAAUGGACGCACGUAGGAAGGAGGCUCUGAAAAACUAUAGAGAUAAAUUACGAAGCCACGAAACGAGUAGUGAAAGUCUCAAGAACUUGAGGUUCUCUUUGAAAGAUCUGGAACGAGAAUAUGAGAAAACAGAAGAAGAUAUCAAAGCCGUCCAAUCUGUUGGUCAAAUCAUCGGAGAGGUUAUGAAGCAGCUAGACGAUGAACGAUUCAUUGUCAAGGCUUCCUCAGGUCCUCGAUAUGUCGUGUCAUAUCGACCAACAUUACCGGCGGAAAAAUUGAAGAACGGGACGCGUGUCUCUCUCGACAUGACUACAUUAACGGUCAUGCGAAUUCUUCCCCGUGAAGUUGACCCACUUGUGUAUAAGAUGAGCUUAGAGGAUCCCGGAGGUGCAUCUUUCGCUGGUAUCGGCGGACUGACUGACCAAGUUAGGGAGUUGCGUGAAAUCAUCGAGCUUCCUAUAUUAAAUCCGGAGCUGUUCCAGAGAGUUGGUAUCAACCCACCAAAAGGUGUAUUAUUGUAUGGUCCUCCUGGAACGGGUAAAACUCUACUUGCACGAGCAGUCGCUGCCACACUCCAAACGAAUUUCCUCAAGGUUGUUUCCUCUGCAAUCGUAGACAAGUACAUCGGAGAGAGCGCGCGAGUAGUGCGUGAAAUGUUUGGAUAUGCGAGAGAACAUGAGCCAUGUGUGAUAUUCAUGGAUGAGAUUGAUGCUAUUGGGGGUCGACGGUUCUCUGAGGGAACGAGUGCUGACCGAGAGAUUCAGCGCACGUUGAUGGAACUUCUUAAUCAGAUGGAUGGUUUUGACUCUCUAGGUCGUACAAAACUAAUCAUGGCCACGAAUCGACCUGAUACCCUCGACCCCGCGCUAUUGCGUCCUGGCCGACUUGACCGCAAAAUCGAAAUACCGUUACCGAAUGAACAAGCUCGACUGGAAAUCCUCAAAAUUCACUGUCAACCGGUUAACAAGGCUGAAGAUAUUGACUAUGAAGCCAUUGUCAAGCUUUCUGAUGGCUUUAAUGGUGCUGACUUGCGCAACAUUGUUACAGAAGCUGGCAUGUGCGCUAUACGUGACGACAGGGAGUAUAUUAACCAGGAGGAUCUGACCAAGUCUGCUCGUAAAGUGUCGGAUGCUAAGAAGCAUGAAACGAAAUUAGAGUACUCGGCUUAGACUAGUUUGGUGUAUUCUGUCUGAUCCAUGUACCAUAAUGAAGAUUCCUUGAUGGUAUUACAGGGUAUACUAUAUUACAAGCCAGUUAAUCAUACAGGAGAGCCUGGCUUUUGUGCUCCACUUUGGCGUUUCUGUGGCAAGUUCAGUUUGGCGGUCUAUACAUACCUAGGAUCAUUCAAUUUUUUUUAGUUUUGAUCUACGAAGGUCAAAACCGAAUCUUGUGCUCACUAUGUUCGACGUUUGCCUUCACCAGUAGCGAUGAGGAUCAAAGUCCAGACAAAUUCAGUGACUGGAUGCAUUACUAUUGUCCACUCUGUCGUUAACGGUGGGAUAAUAAUUUGAGAAACUAGUUCACUCGCCUUUCAACAACAGUGUAGGAGAGA